CAUCUCUGGCCCCAUUCCUGUCUCAACUUUUUUUUUCGUCUUUUCCUUUUCCUCUUCCCUCCCCUUUUGUAGACCUUCCAACACGAAGAUCUCCCAUCUUCUAUCCUUCUGCAUCGAGGUUUUCUCCAAAUCUCUCUCUCUAUACACAAGCAGCGCACAGGCAACAUGCGCUUCUCAGCAUUCUCGGUUCUCUCGGUCCUGACCUCGCUCGCGGUGGCCCAGGACUUUGAGCAGUACCAGGCCCAGUUCCAGAACUUCCUCGGCCAGUUCGGAUCUUAUCUGCCGAAUCCCAGCAAACAUGAUCCUGUGGGCGCUGCGGAGGCCAAGGCUGGCGAGAUGAAGAUGGACGUCCUGACUCUGUCCAACUGGAGGGAGACUCUGUACUCGCCGGUCACGUCUGAGACCACGACGCCCGAGGAGUGGCUUGUAUUCGUCACUGGUCGCAACAAGACUUGCUUUGGUCACUGUCUGGGCAUCGAAACUGCCUUUAACCAAUCUGCCGCCAAGCUCGCCCUUCUGCCGGAUGCGCCGCACGUUGGCUACAUCAAUUGCGACGAUCAGCCCAUCCUUUGCAAUGUGUGGUCCGCCGGCGCCGGCCACGUCUACCUCAUUGAGAUGCUGCCCGAGCCAGCGCCCAUCGACAUCUACUCCAAGCGCCUGAACCUCACAACCACCACCGCUGACACCUUUGUCGAGCUGUACAAGACUCGUGAGGACAAGACCCAGUUCAAGAAGAAGGAUGGAUACUUCCACCCCUUCGACGGCGAGCUUGUCAAGUACGGCGUUUCCGUGCCUGUCGCCUACCUUCUCUGGGGACUGAGUGUUGUGCCCAGCUGGGCCAUGAUGCUGGGUGUGUCUUUCCUCAGCCGUACGAUGAUGAACCGGCGCAUGGCUCCGCAGGGUCAAGGUCGUCCCGCUGCUGCUGCUCAGGCUGCUGCAGCCCCUCAGGGAACGCCACGCCGUGGUGCUCCUGCGGGAGACGCAUGGGGCACUCGGUAAGACGUCGUCUGUUUGGGAGAGAAAAUGGAAGGUAUAGUGUAUGGGCAAGAGUUGUUGAUGUGACGUCGGUAUAAUCGGGAAGACUUUUCUGAUUUGGUAAUUGUCGGUUGGCUGGACUGGUAGGCCAUGGGUGCCCGGGAUUAUAGGUAAUGCGGACCCGUGUUGCAUGAUAGUACACUCCCUUCGCCGGGUCAUGAAAUAUUCAUUUCUUUGCUUCGC